AUGGCGCCAUUGUCAAUUUAUCGUUCUUUUGCUUUUUUUCUUUCUUUUCCCCAUUUCUUUUUCUUCUUUCCUUUCUCCUUUUAUUUUCUUUCCUUCUUUUUUCUUUCUUUGUUUUCUGUCUUUUCUCCUUUCGUUUCUUUCAGUUUUGUCCACUUUCUUUUUUUUUCACCUUUCGUUUUGCUUCUUUUCUAUUUUUAUUUCUUUUCAUCCUUUAUUUUCUUUUUAUUUCCUCUUUCUUUUCUUUUUCUUUUCCCUUUCUUUUCUUUUUCUCUUUUCUCCUUUCUUGUCUUUCUUUUUCUUUUCACCUUUAUUUUCUAUUCUUAUUUCUUUCUUCUUUAUUUUCUUUUUCUUUUCAUAUUUAUUUUCUUUUCCCUUUCUUUUCUUUACUUUUCCACUGUCCUUUCUUUCAUUUUUCUCCUUUUUUUUCUUUUUCUUUUCACCUUUCUUUAUCUCUUUCUUUUCUUUCUUUCUUUCUAG